CAUGCGCACUGAUAUGUAAAUAAUAUGUAAUAAGAGGCUAAGCGUUAGUUGUUUGAAGUUUCUAUUUAGUUGGUGUAUGUUUUUAAUAACCGCUUAUUGUUAAUGAUUUGUAUUAAAGCUGUUUGGCAACGCAAGCGAUAGGUGGUUAUUUAAUGUGUUAACAAUCGUCACUGCUGCGAGAUCCUUUUAAAAUCAACUUCAUGUUUAAAACUUCCCUCUCUGUUAGCUAGCUAGCUAUCUCUCAGGCUAACGGUGCUAGUUGGACAGGCCGUCGCAGGAUGACAGUUAAACCAGCUGGAUAGUCUGUGAGCAGUGUGGUUAGCUGGGUAGAGGGAUUAACUGCCUAUGCGUUGGAUGUAGUGCUUAUGCAGCGUUUUAACAAUAAGCAAAAGUCAGACCCAGUGCCUAUAAACAAGGAAAUUUCUUAUCCCUUCACCAUGUUAUCUGAAAACAGGAAGCGACAGCGUACUCCAGGCGAUGAUGAUGAUGCACUUCUGAUGCCUCAGGCCAAAAGAUCAAGCACAACACUCCAGUCUUCUGAGGGAAGUGGCGAAGCAUGGGAGUCUGAGUCCUCCAGCAGUGACAGCAGUGGGGUCAGUAGUCCAGAGCACGCAGCUGGGAUCAGCAGCAGCACAAGCAGUCAGUACGGAGCCGAGAACCUCAGGUCCUUCAGUCCACAUGGUUACUUAGACCAAGGUGAUGCCACAAGUCGGGCCUCGUACGAACACAUCAACCGUGUCCUGAAGGAGGCUCACUUUCACAGCCUACACAACAGAGCCCAGUCACAGGACAGGUGACUUUUAGAGACUUUUGCAUCACUGGCAAUGACUUAUUGCCUCUACCUGAACGACUGGCUAUGUUCCGUGCAAGAUGGGUUGAAGAUCAAACAAACAGGUUUAUUCAGACUUUUGUGUGCUAGAGCUCUUAUUUGUAAUUUAGUGUGAUUUUUGAAUCUGAAGUGUGGCCUGAAACUGUAAAACUAUUGACUUAUUAAAGCACAAAAGGAUUCACAUUGUAAGCAAUAAUAGCUUGGCAACAAUGCAACCUUUUGUGUCAUACACACUGUGUAUUUUUAUUAUUUUUUUUCCUCAACACAAGAGUUUACAUGUAAAUGAGAGCUUUGUUGCGGGUGUAACUGAUUCUGGUGCAUAUUAUAAUUUCAUUGCUGUUUCAUUUGUGCACUUGGAUGGGGGGAUAUGGGGUAAUGUCAUUUUCAACACAGCAACAUCUUAGAAAUAUUUUGUUUAUUUAUUGAACUUCUAUCGCUAAGUUGCCACUUAAUAUAUCUCGUGUGAGGUUGUAAGCCCUUGGGGUUGUAACUUUGCAAUGAAACAGCUACUAUACCCUUCCUCUUCCAUCAGCUCACUAAUGUUAUUCUGUUUCCUUACCUUUAUCUCUUCAUCCAUUGCUUACAUGGAUCCUCCAGAUUGCUGAUCCUUGCUUAAAUUAAGUGUGGUGUUUAUUUUAAGUAUAUAUAUUUUUAUGGAUGAUAUUUUACAUUCAUGUCACCUACAUUUGAAAAAUAAAGACUGCUGUUCCUAA